CUUUCUGGCAGUGACGACCUCCCCACGAGACCAUGCCUCUCGCGAAGGAUCUCUUGCACCCGUCCCCGGAAGAGGAGAAGAGGAAGCACAAGAAGAAGUGCCUGGUGCAGAGCCCCAACUCCUACUUCAUGGGCGUGAAGUGCCCAAAAUGCUACAAAAUAACCACCGUCUUUAGCCACACACAAAUGGUAGUUCUGUGUGUCGGCUGCUCCACUGUCCUCUGCCAGCCCAUAGGAGGAAAAGCAAGGCUUACAGAAGGAUGCUCCUUCAGGUGGAAGCAGCACUAAAAGCACCCUGAAUCAAGAUGAGUGGGACACUAUCCCAAUAAACAGAUUUUGGAUAAAAAAAAAAAAAAGAAAAAAAGAAA